GAUAGAUCAGAUGCUGAUGUCAUGCUUAUAGAGAUCGUAAUGGUGACCUGAUGGAUCAGAUCCUGAUGCCCUGCUUACAGAGAGAUCCACAAAGUGACCUGGUAGAUGAGAUCCUGAUGCCCUGCUUACAGAGAGAUCCUCAAAGUGACCUGGUCUGUCAGAUUCUGAUGCCCUGCUUACAGAGAGAUCCUCAAAGUGACCUGGUAGAUCAGAUCCUGAUGCCCUGCUUACAGAGAGAUCCUCAAAGUGACCUGGUAGAUCAGAUCCUGAUGCCCUGCUUACAGAAAGAUCCUCAAAGUGACCUAGUAGAUCAGAUCCUGAUGCCCUGCUUACAGAGAGAUCCACAAAGUGACCUGGUAGAUGAGAUCCUGAUGCCCUGCUUACAGAGAGAUCCUCAAAGUAACCUGGUCUGUCAGAUCCUGAUGCCCUGCUUACAGAGAGAUCCACAAAGUGACCUGGUAGAUCAGAUCCUGAUGCCCUGCUUACAGAGAGAUCCUCAAAGUGACCUGGUCUGUCAGAUCCUGAUGCCCUGCUUACAGAGAUCCUCAAAGUGACCUGGUAGAUCAGACCCUGAUGUCGUGACUACAAAGAGAUCCUCAUUUUGACCUGACAGAUCAGAUCAUCCUCGACAAUCACAGUUGGACACAAAGCCCACUACAGCUUGUAUUUGCGCUCCAGUGAUGAGUUUAUGUUUAAAGCAAAUUUUUUGUGUUGGAUAUUUCUACAUCUGGCAUGAGGUGUACACAAGACGUUGUUGGCAGCGAACGAAACCUCAACCUUCUGUGGGAACCUGGUGUUCAUCAGCCCGUGUGUGACCACACUCAGGUUCCUGUCUGUGAAGGAAACAAUAUGGCCAAUUAAGUUACUAACACCACCUCUUCUCCAGAGGAAGAGUGUAUGUUGUAUUCCAUACUAACAUAUAGGUACCCUCAAAGUAAACUCCAUUGUUAACCUGACUGCAGUGUAUUAUAACAGCAGUAUACGUAUUUCAUGCACAUGUGUAUUCCAAUGAAUCAGUGAUAUCGUAGUAUAGCAGAUCAUGUAACGACGCGUAGUCCAUGGUACACCAGAGUUAAGUGAAUGUAUGUAAGGGGGAUAACUCUCACCCAUUUGUAUUGGUAGUGCAUUCCAGUAUUAUCAUAUUGAGAUACCUCUUUCUCGGUCCGUCACUUAAAUCCACUGUGUAGAUUUCCAUUGCAUAUGGCAAGGUUUGGACAGAUUAAUUUCCUACCUAAAAUA